UUCAGCGCUAAUGAAAGGCCCCCAGCACUACAAGUCCCUCUCACCUGUUCUCUUCCAUUUUCGGGAUGGAGCAGUCGAGGUUUGUGCAGACAUCAAGGAGAUGUUUCAUCAGGUACUGAUGCAGCCACAGGACAGAGGUGACCAGAGGUUCCUGUGGAGAAACGAAGUUGACCAGCGGGAGCCGGACGCAUACGAGAUGCAAGUGAUGACGUUCGGAGCAGCUUGCUCAACAUGUGCGGCGAACUAUGUGAAGACCGUGAAUGCCUCGCAGUACAGCAGCACGGAUCCGCUAGCAGCCCUGGCUAUUAAGGAAUACCAAUACGUGGACGACUACGUCGACAGUUUCACCGUGAAGAAGAAGUUAUCGCCGUUUCGCCGUGGAUUUAAUUCCAGUUCCAUCGCUAGCGUCAGAUGGACCGAAGCUGGGGAGAUGGUACUAGUAAUGUUCUGGCAGCCGACUACAGAUGACUUCAAGUUCGGCGUCAAAUAUCAUCGAGUCCCGAGAAGCGUGAUGACAGGGGAAUGCGUCCCUACCAAGAGGGAGUUCUUAAGCCUGGUCAUGUUCACGUUUGACCCGAUUGGAUUCCUGAGCUGCUACAUGAUGACCAAAUUGUUAAUGCGAAAUAUUUGGCGGAGGGGAUUCGACUGGGAUGAGCCGCUACCAGAUAAUUUGGCCGCAGCCUUUGAGGACUGGCAAGGAAUGAGCAAAAUCGAAGAGUUCCGAUGACCACGCUACUACUUCGGCGGUGGACGCGUGCGGAUGCUACAGCUGCGCAUCUUCGUUGACUUCAGUCAGUCGGCAUUUGCAGCAGCGGCCUAUUGGCGGGCCACUUACGAAAACGGAGACGUGCGGGAGUUAACAAGCCCCUAUCCACAACCUCAGGGAGAGAACGAGUUAUCAUGCCCCUCUCCACAGCCACAGAUAGAGAACACAGACCCGGCAACUGCAAGACUAGCGCCGAUGGAACAACAAAAGAUCGCCAACGCAACAACUCUAAAAAAGACAGACUACUCUCGUUCACUCUUUACCCAUACAUGCUUCUUUAUAAUAAAAGAUUCAUUCUUAUUUUGGACUCCAAGCAACACAGUCACUUUAUUUGCAAGCCUUCCUUUCAGCAUUUUAAAAAGCGACAAUCUCAUACGAGAUCUCCUCUACUCCCUCGGACACGAGACUGUAACUGGCGCAGCCGGACUACGAACAAGGGAUUAACCAUGCCCACUACGCUUAGCGUUCCAAUUUUCCUUGUAGGCUGAGGUGAGUGAACAGGUGACAACGGUGGUCGUGGAAACUUUUAGUAGUGAGAUAGUUACACAUAAUAUAUACGUACUUAAAAGAGAGUACGGAAAGGAAAUAAAACAUAAUAACGUGCAAGUGCAAAUGAGAUUUCAGGAGUGAGCGAUACACAAAAAUGUGAAAAUAAAAUAAACGAAACAAAUGAAAUCAAAUUCUAAAUACCAUGGAAGCGACCGUAUAUGUGUACAUCAAACGCUGAUAAGGCACCGGGUUUGCUUGUGUGGGACAAUUUACAACUAUUAUACCAACAAGCUGAUCCCUGCAGGAGUUCCUUGUGGAACUCUCCAUUACCUGCUCACCAUACAUGAGGAAUUCCCCAGUGCUGGUAUAUGAAAUUCGUUAACGAAUUUUUGUAUGGGAUGUCCUAUGCAUUGGACAUUAAAAUUAAGAAACGAUAAAUAGAUAAAAAUUCGGCAUCUCAAACUGCUGUGUGUGUCGAUCGUGUGUGUGUCGGAGAGCACUUGGUGUGCGACAGAGUACGAGUAUGCUUUUUGGGUAUUUCAUCGGAAUAGUUAUUUCAUCACUAUGCUAAUAUUGCAUCAGCCUAUAGCUUAAUUACGAUUGGUUGUAGUUUUGUAUUUCUGAAAACAACCGUUAUGUCGCGGCGACAACCUGGCGUCGCUGUGGCCGAGCGUGGUUCACUGAAGAAGGGUAAUACUAAGGAAAUAGAUCAGUCGAACAUUAGACUUCGUUGUGACCAGAACUCUCUGCGUAAGAAGAAAAAAAAAAAUAAAUAACAACGUGCCCUCAAAUAUCACCGAUCCGCCAAUGUGUACAUCAAUCGCCGACAAUGCAAAGGGACAAUCCGCACACAGUGGUUUACAAGUUGAUUGAAGUCGAUAAAACAACAACAAAGGUGGAAGCAAACACAGUAGCACUAUACGAAUGGCAUAAUAUGGCACUAUAUAUAUGGCAUAAAACUUACACUAAACACAGGGAAGCACGGAAAAGAGGGAACUUCGUAUCGGAUACGUACUAAAAGUUUUCUUUUACUUUGUAAUAUACAUACGGAAUAUACUGUAUAUUAUAUAUAUACAAAUAUAUACAUAUAUAUAAGUAGAGAAUCCGUGCAUACAUAAAAUUUUCUUGCACCCAAACAUA